GGUAUUCUUGUUUAGCUGUUUUGUUAAGGCUGGUGGUCUGCUCAGAGCUAGUGGUCUACCACUUAAGCCAUACCUCCACUUCUGGCUUUUUGCUGAAGAGUCAAUUUGUAGCUACAAAUGGGGAUUAUAGGUGGUGAGCCACCAGCACCCAGCUUUUUGGUAAAUGCAUUUUAAGUUAACAGAAUUAUCAUUCAGCCACUGUAUUGCUUUAAGGCAUCAUAAGAAAAUCAGAUAAUUGUGCCUUAUAAACCUUACCUCUGCCUUGGGGGCUCAUGAUAAAAAUGAGGGUCUGAGGAAGAGUAAUGCUUGUAUAUUCUCAGUACAUUUUUGUUUGUUGUUUCACACACAGAAUAUACCAUGGUUUCAUACACCUCCAUCCUAAGAGUAUUGUUUUAAUGGAAUAAAGGCAAGGGAUUAUUUUUGACAUCAGUCCUCAGAUAUAUUGGCACUUUUCCCCUUGAACCUAGUCAGUUUUCUCUGUUGGAUUUUCCAUUUUGUAUACUACAAAAGUUCCUAAGCAAAAAAGAAAAAAAGUUCCUAAGCAACUUACAUUUACAAACACAACUAUGGAUACGCUAUUUAUCUUAGGAUAGUUACCUAGGACUCUGGGUCUCUGGGUUUUGUUACUCUCCUUUCCCCUCUUAGUCAUUUAAACUAACAACAUUGCUGGUAAUAGGCUGAUUUAUGAGUUAUUCAUAAGUCUGUGGCUGAUGAUUUGUAACCUCUAGUUUUUGAAGCAAAGGAAGAAUGAGUAGUCAGGAACUGGUCACUUUGAACGUGGGAGGAAAGAUAUUCACAACAAGACUUUCUACCAUAAAGCAGUAUCCUUCCUCUCGGUUGGCCCGAAUGUUGGACGGCAGAGACCAAGAAUUCUGCAUGGUUGGUGGCCAAAUUUUUGUGGACAGAGAUGGUGUUUUAUUUAGUUUCAUCUUAGAUUUUUUGAGAAAUCACCAGCUUUUAUUACCUUCUGACUUUUCAGACUAUGGUAGGCUUCAGAGAGAGGCUCUUUUCUAUGAACUGGAUUCUCUGGCUGAUCUCUUAAACCAGCAUCUGCUACAAGAAAGACCUGCUCUCCUGGAAGUACAUUUUUUAAACCGAAAUACUCAAGCUUUUUUCAGAGUGUUUUGCUCUUGCAGCAAAACAAUCGAGAUUCUAGCUGGAAGGAUUGCAGUAUUUGUAGAACAACCUACAGCACCUAUUUGGAGUAGUACCUCUUUUUCUCCUCAGAUGACCUUUGUUCCACUACCUCCACAAAGACCUUCUUACCACGACCUGGUUUUCCAGUGUGGCUCUGACAACACUGAUAAGCAGACUGGAGUCAGGUAUGUUUCCAUAAAACCUGAUAACCGAAAAUUGGCCAACGGAACAAAUGUCCUGGGCCUACUGAUUGACAUUUUAUUAAAGGAAGGCUUUCAUCUGGUCAGCACUAGAAAAUUAUCUUCUGAAGACAAAAGUGAAUGCUAUAGCUUUGAAAGAAUAAGAAGUCUUGAAGUCUUCACAGUGAAUAAAACACCAAAACCAGAGACUAAUAUCAUGCCAGAACAAUCUCAGAAAAAGAUAUGAAAUGUCUGUUCUAUUUUAGAGUAAAAGGAAAUUAUCAUUUUCUUGUUUGGAAAUUCCCUACCUGGGGCAUAUAUGUUAAAUGUACUUUAUUUUUGACCUACUAUACAGUCUCUAGGCAACUAGGUCUCAACAAUGCUUAAGGCACAAAAAUCCAUGUUCUCAAGGAGCUCACAUUCAAAUAAAAUCAUAAUGGCAAAAGAUUCAAAUAAGUUCACCAAUCUAGAAUGGGUAAUUUAUAAUAAAAUAUUGUUCAGUCCUUAAAAAGAAUAAGGCAGCAGUUUAUAAACUGAUAAAGAUGGUUAAAAUAUGAUAACUGGAUGGAAAAUGUAAGUUAUAAAAUGGCAUAAAGUAUGCAUGGAAGUUUAGCAUAGAUACAUGCUGCUGUGGAGAGGAAAUGAUAUAGAUAAAAGAGGAAUACUUCACUAGACUGCACAGAUGUAUAUUAAAAAUUGAAAAAAGGGGUCAUGCCUGAGAAAUUGUGUGUAUGUCGGGGUAUGGGGAUUGUUACAGUGUAUUGUGGCCUAUUUCUCAUACUCUUUCUGUGAAGCACUUCCACUCAGAGUAAACAAGUUGAAAUUUCUAGAGGUUUCUGGCAGAUUUUUGUGCUCAGUUAUGGGGGAAAAUUACAUAUCAUAAAAAGUGCCAAAUACAUUUAAGAUUAGUAAUGUUAAUAUUAACUGAAAAUAAUCCAAGUAAGAAAUGACCUUUUAAUAUGCUUUUUGUUUUCUUUUGGGCAGCACUCACCCGCUCUUUUCUGCAGAAAAGCCAAUUUGUUUUUUCAAUGUGUGGUUUUAGUUUUGGAAAUGAUGUAUUUGGUCCAGGUGCACUGCAUCUCUGAUAAAUUUUUGCCAUGCAUGGGAUUUAAUUGGUAUAGUUGGCAUAGUUAUGCAUGUACCAUUACGUCUAUAUAGAGACAAAACUGAUAAAGCUAUUAAAAAUGAUUGAAUGAUUUUUAAAAGUACCAAAGAUAAAGCUUACACCUCUCAAAAAAAAAGUGCCAGAGAAAAUAGUUCUAUAACUAUAGUUUGGCAGGGAAUAGGCAUUCAUUCACAUUUUCAGGAAAUAAUUUUGAGAUUAAAAAUAAAAUUUUCUUUUUAAUAACAAUAGAAGUAUCUAUAGAAACAUGUCAUGCACAUAACAUUCAUUCAAUACUUAUUGAUAUCUAUGAUGUGCCAAAUACUGCACAAAAGAAUCCUGUCCCUUUAGAG